GGCGCCAUCACCUUGUCAGAAGCGUCGGAGUACAAACAGAAGGAAGCGAAGCUUGCUCCUAAUCUUUAGAAAGAUUUUAGACAAAACUUGUCUUUAGCGACCAUUUAAGACGUCUAUUUAACCAUCUGCAACAGCAUGGGCCUCUGAGACCUGCUCUUCUCUACGAACUGCAACCAGCGGCUUCACCAUGUCGGCUGACGGGGCGUUCGCCACAGACCCAACCAAUGAAAACAAACUGGUAAGACCGAAGGUAGAGUUCUGUUCUUUGCUGCAACACGCCGGCGCCACCAAAGAUGUCUUCACCAUGAAGGAGGUGAUGUUCUACCUGGGCCAGUACAUCAUGAAGAAGCAACUGUACGACCAGAAGCAGCAGCACAUCGUCCACUGCGCUCAGGACGCUCUGGGCCGGGUGCUGGGAGUCGACAGCUUCUCCGUGAAAGAACCGCGGGUUUUGUUCUCAAUGAUCUCCAAGAACCUGGUGACCGUGACGAGUCAAGCGUCAACAGACUGGAGCGAAGCUCUGGACAGCCAGACGGACGGCGGGACGGAGGGAGGAGCGACAGAGAGCCGCUCCUCAUCCACAGACCAGAGGAGACGGCGGGGCAGGAGGAGGAGGAGGAGCUGCAGGAGCAGCAGCAGCGAGCCAGGACCCUCCCACAGCCCGGAGGGAGAGGACAGCGAGGAGGACUCGGCGGAGGAGUCGGACGACAGCAGGAAGAGGAGGCGGUCCGACAGCUACUCGCUCACCUUUGAUGACAGCCUGUCCUGGUGCGUGAUUGGUGGAUUGGGGAGUGGGCGGGACCAGCUCAGCAGCCAGUCGUCGGACUCUCACAGCACGUCCGGGAGGUCAGAGGUCACGAUCGCAGCCACGGACUCAGACAGCGACAACUUCAGCGUGGAGUUUGAGGUGGAGUCCAUCGAUUCUGACGAUUAUAACGAGGACGACGCGUCUCUGUCUGGAGAUGAUCAGGUGUACGAGGUGACCAUCUUCGAGGCGCAGGAGGACGACUCGUUCGACGAGGACACGGAGAUCUCGGAGGCCGUGAGUAGAACCCCAGAACGGCGUCUGGGAGACGCGCAGACGGCGUUCCUCAUGCCGCCGUGUGGGAUCUCCCCGCAGGAUUACUGGCGCUGCUCCAAGUGUGACGAGCUCAACCCGCCUCUGCCCAGAAACUGUCUGCGCUGCUGGAUGCUGCGCCAGGAUUGGCUGCCCAUCGACCCUAAAGCCCUGCCCACAAAGCCCACCGGCCAAUCAGCUGCCAAGGAAGCUCCAGGUUCGGACGUGGAAGGAGUCGACGUUCCCGAUGGAAAACGAGCAAAAACUCCAGUCAGCUCCCAGGGUCUGUCGGACUGCUCAGCCACAAACUCCCAGGAACUCCUCUGCUCCUCCCAGCCUUCCUCCUCCCAGGAGUUCUGGACCCCCGAGUCCCAGCCCUCCUCCUCCUCCUCCCUGGGCGACUCCCAGGAGCUCCUCCCGUCGUCUCUCCCCCAGCUGGAGCGCAGCGUGUCGGCCGAGUCCCGGCUGCCGGACUCGUGCCUGGACCCCUGCCUCAUCUGUCAGUCGCGGCCGAAGAACGGCUGCAUCGUCCACGGACGGACCGGACACCUGAUGUGCUGCUACGUCUGCGCCAGGAAGCUGAAGAAGAGGAACAAGCGGUGUCCCGUGUGCCGGCUGCCCAUCCAGUCGGUGGUCCUCACCUACCUCUGCUGAGCCCCCCCCCCCGUUGGCCCCGCCUACCUCACCUCCACCUGCCUGGAGCAGAACGUGUUCUCCUGGGUUCCAGCGCCGACCCGCAGCCACCCUGUACCACUGAAUGUUUGAUUAUUUUUGAAAAGAUUCGUGUGAAAACGUCGACGUGUACCAAAGUCAGACAAUAAACUGAAACCCUGAAGUUCAGGCUGGAAAGAUUAUUUCCUAACUUUUCAGUUUUUUUUUUUUUUUUUUAAAUCUUCAGCCUUAACGUUCUGAUGGGAGAUCUCGUCAGCUGUGGUUCUGCUCUGGUUUUACAGAUGAGGUUUAUGUAAAAGGGAAAUAAUUUAUUUUAAUAUUUUUUUUUUUGUUCACUCCAUUUUGGUUUAUUCUUAGAGAAAUGGAGGUCGUUAAUCGGCUUGUUCAUAAAAGACUCCUGGAAAUAAAGGAAAUUUCCAGAAUUAAUAAAUAAUUUAUGUCCGUUUUGUUGUGAGUCAAAAUUUAUUUGUAACAUUUGUGGUUUGCUGUUUUAUUUCCAGGAAACUACAGAGUACAUCUCUAUUUAAGACCCUUUUCUAAGAGCAUUUUAAUUAAUAAGUUGGGUUUCAUUUAAAUUUCUAAUGUUUUUCCUCUUUGUACUGAAUAAACCUUUAAUUCUUGUUUGCUUGA